GACCGAAAAGUAUGCAAUGAAAAUUAAUGUGGUAUUAUUAUUAAUGCCGAGAUGUCGAUAUCAAAAUUAUUCGUGAAAGUGUUUAACGAGGAUAUAUUCGAGUACUUGAGUCAGGAGAACUAUAAUUCAGAGUUGGACGAUGAAUUGGACGGUGGGAAUUGUUCUACUGUGCCGGACGUGCGGAGGGCUAAAGUGGAUGACCUCUCCGUGUCCAAACAAAUGACCAUUGUAAAGCACUGGCUCGAUGACAAGUUCCAGCAGAUACAAACCGACAGCAAUGAGGAAAUUCGACAACUUUAUGUGGAAACGGAGUCGCGCAUUGGCCCAGAACUGGCCAUAUUCGAUGUUGAUUAUACGACAACUGUGCGCGUCUCAACAGACAGGCUGGCCUUGCGCUCCCAAGGCAGUUUCAAUUCAGUGCGCGCAAAUUGUUGCGUCUACGGAGGCCGCUGGAUGUAUGAGGUUCACCUGCACACUAAAGGCGUCAUGCAAAUUGGCUGGGCAUCGGGCAGUUGUGUAUUCAAUGAGAAUAGCGGCGUGGGAGAUACAAAGUGUAGCUAUGGGUACGACGGCAGUAAGCAGCAAAUCUGGCAUAUUUCGACUAAAAAAUAUGGUGACAAGUGGCAAAUUGGUGAUAUUAUUGGCGUUACCAUUGAUGUGGACCGCGAGACUAUAGAAUACUAUCGCAAUGGGCGAUCAAUGGGCGUGGCCUUUGACAAAAUCCAAAAAGGGCCAAGCAUUACCUUUUUUCCGGCCAUAUCAUUGGGCUAUACGCAGGGCGUGGAGGCAAAUUUUGGCAAUCGUCCAUUUGUAUAUCCUGUGCCUGGCUAUCAGCCUCUCAUGGCACGUCCCAUACUUAAGCUGCGACGCUCAAACUUGCUGCUUGAUUACCUCAUCAAUUUGGCCGGCAUUUUUGCGCAUUAUACUGCUCAGGGGCGAUCGACACUGGACUCUUCUGCUGAGGUACGCGUAUCCACCAAAAAGACAGUCUACUGCAUAUUUGCAACAAUGCUUAUUGAGCGUUUCACAAAUGAGAUAUUUGAUCCAUAUAUAAUUGAGGACGUACUCUUGGCACGCAUUUCCCGCAUGACAAGUUUGGCUGCCGAGAAAGAAAAUCCACAUAGCUCACUUAUGGGCUUACUUUCCCUGUUUUGGAACUUUAUGGAGGCCGAUGAGAUAAAGUUUGUACUGCGCAAGCUGGUUAAUACGCUCUUGGGCACCUACACACACACCGUACAAGGCCUGGACUACGAAAGUCAUCGCCAAGCGCUAAAUAUGCUGCACUGUCUCUGUCUGCAUGAGCAGACGCGCAAGUAUCUGCUCGAGGGCAAGCUCUUUAAGAAACACUGCCUUGCUUUCUUUCUCUACAUACAUCCGCCGGAGUUCUAUAUAAUGGAGCAAUUGCUGCCGGACAACCAAGUCUGGACGGAGGGGAUUGAUGGACCUAAAGAUAAAUAUUUACAUGUGGCUGAAAAGCUGCGCAAGGUCACAGAUAUGCUGUAUACCUCACAAAAGGACUUUGUCAAUACGCUCAUGAUCAACACAGACGGCAGCAGUGAAAGUCCUUCGAGUCGUAAGCUAUUCAUUGCCAAAUUACGUCGUUAUGUCAUUGAUCUAAGCAUGGAGCAACGCCCAUUUCAUGCGUUUUUCUUUAUGCAAUCAAGCAUUCAACAUCCGCUGGAUGCACCAGUCGCGCUGGCAUUUGUCUGCAUACUCGUUGACCAAGUGCGUCAGCUCUUUAAGGAUGAGCUGCCCAACAACACAGUUGAAGUGAAUCCAGAUUAUUUCGUAGAUGGUACUUAUGAUUAUAUGCACUUUGAUCGCAUUGGCGGUGUGCUUUCGCAUCUGCGUAAGGUUCAUCGAGCGGACAUUGAUGCACGUUUGGGCGUAGAUCGUACUCAGCAAAUCUUUGAGGAUGAGCGCAAUGCCAUGCGUGUCAACGAAAUGGACACUACACUCUAUCUGCUCGGCGAGAAUAUCAACAAUGUAACUGUAGUGGGCCAUACUCAGGGUAAUGCCAACCCACCCAUGACACAAUUUCUUAACACGCGACCCACAGCAGUGCCAGACGCAGCUCCAGGCAAUGUUACAUCCGACACAAGCAUCUGCGAGCUGUUGGACGUUAGCAUCAUAUUUUACUACACCGCUGGCCACAAGUAUAUUGUGAAAAUUGCCGGCGUGCGUGAUGAGAUUGCAACGCUAAAUGAAGUGCUCAGGGAGACCAAAUACUAUCGCGAGGAUAUUGAGCGUAAGCUGAUGACUCUAGAGCAGCACGCUUCUGUUUGCAUGAACGAUAGUCAUCAGCAUGUUAUGUCUGAGUUGCGUUCCAAGUUUAGUCUGCGUCAAAAUGUGUUUGCGACGCGGUCCAUAUCAUUGGGGAGAAAACAAAUUUGGCUGCGGGCUGUGGCUUUAAGCAAUAAUCGUCGCAAUUUGCUGAUUUGGCUGCUAGAGCGCACACUGCGCACUUUAUCCAGCGCCUCGCUUAUGGGUUCCCUGUUUACGUUUGUGCCUGAGAUUUAUGUUAAUACGUUGCCCAUUUUGUUGGACAGUGUUAUGGACUUUACCUACCACGAUAUGCGAGCUCAAUUCGAUGUGGCUGAUGCUGAGUGCAGCGUAAAUGCAGCCGCUGAAUUUCUGAGCCAGCACUCCGCAGAUCCGCGCAUUGUGCUUGCCUCUUGCAAGGAUUCGCUGCUGCAGGCCCUGGGCACACUUACCUGCCACAAAUGUGGAGUCCGUGCGCUAGAGCGUGCCUCAAAGCGUUCUCAAAGCGCAUUGGUGCGCUCUUUGCUGCGUCCGUAUGAGAAUCGUGCCUGGGGUCAGAGCAAUUGGCUGCUAUUGCGCUUUUGGAUGGGAGAAGGCUAUGCCUACAAGGAUUCACGCCAGCCCAGCGUCUGGCAAGGUGGCUCCCAGCCGCAUUAUCAGGGACUCUGUCGCAGUCGCUCAAAGAACGAAACACACACGGGACUGCUGCAUAAUGUAGCGCCAGCAAAUCCAUCCAAGCAUUAUCAACGUCUAAUCGGUGCCAAACUAUUCGAGGAUGAGCCUUUUGCAACCACCUUUCUCAACUCUGUGCUUAGUCAGCUGAACUGGGCGUUCUCUGAGUUCAUUCUACUGCUGCAAGAGAUACAAAACACUGCUCAACGUCAGGAGAACACGCUGUUUGAGCCGAAGCAGUUAAAAAUAUGCUCCAUGUGCUUUGAGCUAACGGUUUCGCUAAUGCGCUGCCUGGAAAUGAUUAUAACAGUGGCUCCAGAGAUUGUCACCGAUGAGUCGCGUCCCAAUAGCGAUUUGCUUUUGAAUCGCAUUUGCCAGCUCAUUAGUCAAGUGCUGUCGCGCGUUACGGUGCCGCCUGGUUGCUUUCAGUUUGUGGUGGACAUGUGCUCCGCUGAUCUUAAUGCUGUGACACACUAUCCCAUUAUAACAGCAGCCUUGGGCAUAUUGCUAGCACUUUUGCGUGGUGAAAUCGAUAGCAAUGUGACACCCCAAAAGGUGACGCGCAUAUCACGUGCUUUUCUUACCGAUCCCAGCUUUCAGUUUGCCACAUUGGAGUUCGCACUGGGCGAGAUACGCACGCCGCUGCUGGAGCAGAAGGAAAUACCACGUGGAAAUUUUGAUCCAUCAGCGCGUCCGCACAUAGAUCCGCUGACAAAUGAUGUGCGUGUGCCAUUUCUCAACAACUCCAAGCGCAUACGUGCUGAUCCGCCCAUUAUUUCGUUUACGUUGAAUGAUUAUCCGACACAUGUGUCUACGGAGGAAGUUGAAGAUGUACGUCGCCUCAUCGAAGGCCUGCGCAUUAAACAAACUCUACUCUCGGAUAUAACACUGCCUUCGGAGGACUCUUUGUGCCCCAUUUGUUGUGCCAAGCCUAUUACAGCUGUCUUUACGCCCUGCAAGCAUCAAUCCUGCAGUGAUUGCAUUAUGCAGCACAUGAUGAACUCCAAAGUGUGCUUCUACUGCAAGACAACUAUCAAAACCAUCGAAACGCUGGAUGGCACUGUCAUCUAUUCCAACGACGAACAACCAUUAGUGCUGCCCAUUGAGGAGGCUGCUUAGGAUCCCACCGCAUACUGUACUCCGGAUUGGAACCAACUCUUGUCUAUACUAUGCUAUGCUUAAUCUGUUGUCAUGUCAAACUGUUUACCUCUAAUGCAAAUUCGCAUGUGCAAUUAUGCUUCAA